UCAAGGUGAGCAACCAUGAUAUUCCUCAUGGACUUGCAGAUGAUGAUGCUGGAUAUUAUUUACUUCAUCCUGCGCAACACUUUACGGGCCGUGCUGCGGCCGCGCAUUAAACCCAUCGACGGUGAGCUGGUGCUGAUCACCGGUUCGGGAGGAGGCCUGGGUCGUCUCUUUGCCCAGGAGUUCACUAAGCAAGGCGCCGAGGUGGUGCUGUGGGACGUGGACGCCGCGGCCAACGAGAACACGGCUAAAUUGGUGCGUGACUUGGGGGGCAAGGCGCACGCUUACACUGUGGAUGUCACCAAACGAGAGGAAGUGUAUCGCUACGCGGACGUGGUGCGGAAGGACCUAGGCCGGGAUGUCACCAUGCUCGUGAACAACGCCGGGGUGGUCGCGGGCCAACGAGUACUCGACUGUCCGGAUGAGCUCAUCGAGAAGACCAUUAAGGUCAACUGUCUCGCGCUCUUCUGGACAGUGAAGGCUUUCCUGCCUCAGAUGAAGGCCCAAGAUCACGGCCACAUCGUGACCAUCGCCAGCGUGCUGGGCCUCUUCAGUACAGCCUGCGUCGAGGACUACUGUGCCAGUAAGUUUGCUGCGGUGGGUUUCCACGAAUCUCUGGCUCACGAGCUGCUGGCUGAGGAAGUGGAAGGCGUGAAGACCACUCUGGUGUGCCCUUACAUUGUGGACACGGGCAUGUUUGAGGGCUGCAAGAUAAGAGAGGAGGUGGAGUUUGUUCUGCCCCCUCUGGAGCCUCAGUACUGUGUGGAGCAGGCCAUGAACGCCAUCCUCAUCGACCAACCCCUAGUGUGCAUUCCACGUCUCACUUACCUACCGGGGAUCUGCAGAGCGUUACUGCCAUGGGAAUCCAAUGUGGUUUCGUAUCGUUUCAUGGGCUCCGACAAGUGCAUGUAUCCCUUCAUUGAGGCCAAGAAGAAACAAAUGGCAAAUGGUGUUAAUUCACUUGCAUAGGUUUUCAAUCUUAGCAUGUUAAAAACAGAAGACCUUUAACACAAAGAAAAACUUAAUUUAGGAUUUACUCACAUAUUGAAGGCUAGGACAACUGCAGAAGGCGAGGUGACGACUCAGACAAGUGGUUAUCAGCUCUGCAUUAGGUCCACUCAAACAAAGAAGUUAAA